UUCACUUCGUGCGUUGUGUGUUUGAUGACGGAAAAUUGCGAAUAGAUUUUUGAAUAUGGCUAAAAAGAAGAGUGAGGACCAUUCCGGUGGCGAUGCGAACGACAGUGACUACAACGAGGAGCCCAAUUUCGAAGAUACGCCCAAUUUUGUGGACAAUAUCAGCGAUGAAGAUCUUCUGGGUGACAUGCUGGCGCAGCGGCCAUCCGAGGCCGACGGUGUCGAGAGCGUUGUCGUGGUGGACAAUAUCCCCAAGGUGGAGCCGGUGCGUCUGGAAAAACUGAAAUCGGUCAUCAACAAGCUCUUCUCGCACUGCGGCGAUAUCGUGAAUGUUGUCUAUCCUGUCGACGAGGAGGGCAAGACUAAGGGCUAUGCGUUCAUGGAGUACAAGCACGCCGGUAUGGCGGAGGAGGCUGUCAAGAAGCUGAACAACCAUCGCCUCGACAAGAAUCAUACGUUUGCUGUCAACUUGUUUACGGAUUUCCAGAAGUACGAGAACAUCCCGGAGAAAUGGGAACCGCCCACUGUGCAGUCCUUCAAGGUGCAAAACGAUCUGUACAACUUCAUCAAUGACCCUGAUACGUAUGACCAAUACUGUGUGGCAGCGGAAACUUCCCAGAACUGCGUACAGGUUGGCUUCUGGCAGAAUGUGCUGCCGGAGCCCAACGAGCUGGAGACGCGCGAACGGUUUACCGACACCUUUGUCAAGUGGUCGCCCCUGGGCACCUAUGUGGUGACGUUCCACAAGCCUGGCGUGGCCAUUUGGGGCGGCAGCAGUUUCCAGAAGAUCCAGAAGUUCCCCCACACUGGCACCCAGUUCGUGGAGUUCUCGCCCUGCGAAAACUAUUUGGUAACCUACGGCCCCACCCCGACCGGCCAGAAGAUUAUCAUUUGGGACAUACGCACGGGCGCUGAGAAGCGCUCGUUUGUCGCCGAUGGCAUGUCGGUGCUAUCCAUGUUCCGCUGGUCGCACGACGAUAAGUAUGUCGGCAGGUUGGGCGACAACUCGAUCCACAUCUAUGAGACGCCCUCCUUCUUUCUGCUGGACCUGAAGUCCAUCAGGAUUCCCGGCAUCCGAGGAUUCUCGUGGUCGCCAACGGACAAUGUGAUUGCCUACUGGGUGGAGGAGCAGAAUCAAAUUCCUGCCCGCGUCACCUUGAUGGAGAUACCCAAGAAGCGGGAGACUCGAAACAAGAACCUAUUCCAUGUGGCCGAUUGCAAGCUCCACUGGCAGAAGUCCGGUGACUAUCUGUGCGUCAAAGUGGAUCGCUAUUCCAAGUUGAAGAAGGACAAGAAGGAGCUGGACGUCAAGUUCCUCGGUAUGUUCUACAACUUUGAGAUCUUCCACAUGCGGGAGAAGGAGGUGCCAGUGGACUCGGUGGAGAUACGGGAGCUCAUCCUGGCCUUUGCCUGGGAGCCCAUCGGCAACAAGUUCUCGAUUAUCCACGGCGAGCCCAACUCCGCCAAUGUGAGCUUCUACGAGGUGAACAAAGGUGUCAAGCCCAGUCUGGUCAAGCGGCUGGAGAAGAAGUCGUGCACGCAUCUGUUCUGGUCGCCGCGAGGACAGUUCUUAGUGAUGGCCAAUCUGACCAUGGGCACCUUUGAGUUUGUGGACUCGACCAAUGACUACAUCAUCAGUGCGUCGCCCGAUCAUUUCCGUGCCUCCGAGGUCGAGUGGGACCCCACUGGCCGGUAUGUGGUCACUGGCGUUUCCUCGUGGAAGGUCAAGGAGGAUACGGGCUUCAACAUGUACACGUUCCAGGGGCGCAUCAUCAAGCGCACCAUUCUGAAGAACUUUGUGCAGUUCCUGUGGCGGCCCAGGCCUCCGACCCUCCUAAGCGAGGACAAGCAGAAGGAUAUCAAGAAGAACUUGAAGAAGUACUAUCCCGCCUUCGAGCAGAAGGAUCGUCUGCGCCUCACCCGCGCCUCCAAGGAGCUGCUCGAGAAGCGCUCCCAGCUGCGCGAGACCUUCAUGGAGUAUCGCAACAAGCGCAUUGGCGAAUGGAAGGAACAGAAGAGUCGUCGCGUCAUGCUCCGAGGACAUGUGGACACGGAUAACUUGGAAACCGAAGAGGUCGAUGAGGAAGUUGUUGAAUUUUUAGUCAAGGAAGAAAUCACUCUUCUGGAGUAAACGACCCCCCCAGCAACAUAACAACACUUGUCGUCGUUUGCCCCCACAAUUUCGAAGUGAAUCUGUCGUCUCACACUUGCGUGUCCGAGGCGCGUCUACGCCCUGGCCCAUAACCCAGGGCUGCUCCUUAUUAUUAUCUGGCCAAGUAGCGCGUCUCCUGUAAUCAAACCAAGCGGAACACCUUUGCCCAUACAUACAUUAUACACUUACACGUUUAUUCUAAGACCGAAAGUAACGUCCCCAAGCCAAGCAAAUAAGAAAACCCGUUUGCGAACAACUUUAGACCUUAUUCAAAUUAUUUAACUAAGCAGUUAACAAGCACAACCGUAAUAUGCCCAUAACUAGAUUUGCAAUGUAUUUGUAUGUAAACAGCAAAAAGAAAACGAAAACAAAACA